AUGGCAAGUAAAAAAAGAGAAAAAAGUUGUAUUAUUUUUAACGAAGAAUAUAGUAAUGAAAAGGAAAAUGGGACGAUUAACAGCAGUGGCACAUUUUAUAAUGAAGAAAAAUUUAUUAAAUAUAUAGAGAUAAAUUCAAAGAAUAUAUUUGAAUAUGAUAUAUCCAAAUUAGAUAUAAGAAGAGUAAAUAACCAUAUAAAGUUAAACAAUAUAUGUAAUUUAUAUUCUUAUCUAAUUAAAAAUAACUUUUUUAAAAUAUCAGAUAAAAACAUUAAUAUAACAGAUAUGUUAUAUGUAGAUCCAAUAAUAAUAGAAAAAGAUAAAAAUGAAUAUAAUAAUUUAUCCAAAAAUGAGGACGAAAAAUCUAUUAUUCAAGAUGGAAAGUGUGAUAUCUCCAGUUCAUCAUAUGAUUCGUCUUAUUCUGAAUCAUCUAUGUCAUUAAAUAAUUUCUCUAAUAGUUCCGAUACACCUAGCUGUUCAGAAAUUUCAUCAGAUGUGUCUGUUAAAAGGAAUAAAAAGAAUAAUACAUGCAAAUUAAAAAUUUUGGAUGUAAUUAAAAAAUUUAGCCAACUUAAAGAAAAAAUAAAAAGCAAAAAAAAUAUAAAAGUAGAAAUAAAAAAAGAACAAAAAGAAGAACAAGAUGAACAACAAAAAGAACAACAUAAAGAACAACAUAAAGAACAACAUAAAGAACAACAUAAAGAACAACAUAAAGAACAACAAAAAGAACAACAUAAAGAACAACAUAAGGAACAACAUAAAGAACAAUAUAAAGAAGAACAAAUGGAGAAAAAAAAAAAUAAAAAAAAAAGCGUUCUUCCAUCUGGAGAUAUAUUGAAAAAAUAUGAUGCUGUACAUAUCAAAGGAAACAAUAAUGAAAUAAGUAUAUCUCAGAUUUAUAAAAGCGUUAGUAAUAAAGAUGAUGAUAAUAAAAAUAUUAUUAUUCAAUUAAUAUAUACAAAUAAAGAAUGUAAUAAAUUUUUAUAUAAUAAUUUUGAAACAUAUUUAAAUUAUUGGCAUGUAUUACCAUGUAUAGGUUAUUAUAAUAAAAGUACUAUAAAUUAUAUUAUUAACAAAAUUAGUAUCGUUAAUUUUUAUGAAUUCCUUUAUUUAUAUGAUGAAUUUCCAGUAUGUCAAACACAUAAAAAAAAGUUAAAAAAAUUAUGUGUGGUUGAUCAAAAGGACGAAGAAAAUGUAACGAACCUAGACGAAUUUGUAACAUCUGAAACGACUACAGAUAUUGAUAUGUUAAAUAAUGGAUAUAAUGAAAUUAACUUAAGUGAUGAAAUGAAUAAAGAGAUGGUCGAUAGGAAUUUACCACAAAAAUAUGAUGAAGAUAUGGAGAAAAAUCAUUCAAGUGUUUUUAAUAUUAAUAAUUGUGAUAAAAGUAGUUUAAUGAAUAUCCAUAAAGAUCCUAAUAAAAAUUAUUGUAUUUAUGAUGAAGAUAUGGAGAAAAAUCAUUCAAGUGUUCUUAAUUUUAAUAAUUGUGAUAAAAGUAGUUUAAUGAAUAUCCAUAAAGAUCCUAAUAAAAAUUAUUGUAUUUAUGAUGAAGAUAUGGAGAAAAAUCAUUCAAGUGUUUUUAAUAUUAAUAAUUGUGAUAAAAGUAUUUUAAUGAAUAUCCAUAAAGAUCCUAAUAAAAAUUAUUGUAUUUAUGAUGAAGAUAUUAUUUUGAAUGAUGUUUUACAAGAUGAGAAAAAAACAAACCCCUGUUGUACGUUUGGGUGCUAUUACUUUGAAACUUUUUUAUUUCGAAAUAAUAAAAUGAUACCAAAAUUAAAAAAAAAAGAUUGUAUAAUAUUUAACAGGAUUACAAAAAAAGAAGAUUUUCUUUUUCUUAUAAAUGCUAAAUUAUAUGAUACGAUAAAAGAUAAAAAUAAUAUAUAUUAUGGAAAAAAUAAUGAAUAUAUAUGUACUUACAAAAACUUUGAAUUUUUAUACUUUUUUUGUUUUAAUUGUAAUACAUAUUAUGAUAUAAACAUUAUAAUGUCACAAAUAAUAUAUGAGAAUGAAAUUAUUAAAAAAAAAAAUAUGCAUGAUAAAAAAAAUAUAAAUAAUAAAAAUAAAAUAAAUAAUAAAAAUAAAAUAAAUAAUAAAAAUAAAAUAAAUAAUAAAAAAAAUAUUAGCAAUAUAAAUGAUAAAAAAAAUAUUAACAAUAAUAAUAAAAUAAAUGAUAAAAAAAAUAUUAACAAUAAUAAUACAAUAAGUGAUAAAAAAAAUAUUAACAAUAAUAAUAAAAUAAAUGAUAAAAAAAAUAUUAACAAUAUAAAUGAAAAUAAUAACAAUAAUAAUAAUAAUAAUAAUAAUAAUAAUAAUAAUGUUUCUCUCAAUAAUUUACAUAAAAGCAACAUUUUUGAUGACUAUAUAUAUUCCAACAAUUUUCAUAGCUUUAUAGUAGAAUAUAAAAAAUUAUACAAUAUAAGAAUAAAAAGACAAAAAAUUAAACAAACGGAUAUUUAUUUUUUAUGUAUGAAUUGUAUAAAAAAUAAUAUUUUUAACGUGACACAUCAUAUGGAAUAUUUUACAUAUUUCUGUGAUUUGGUAAAUAAAUAUAAUCACAAUUUUUUUUUAUAUAAUAAAUAUAUACAUAAUAUUUUCAAUAAUGAAAAUAUUUCUUUUUUCUCCUUAUAUAAUCUUGAAGAAGAAAAAAAUAAAAUCUGUUCAAACAAUAUAAUGGCAAAUCAAAAAAAAAAUAAAGAAGAAGAACAACAACAAAAAAACAAACCAACAAAGAAAAAUUCAUCUUCCUCAUCAUGUAUGACAUUAUGUAGUAAUAUUAAAAAAAGAAAAAUAUCUGAUAUCACAAACCCUAUGGAAGAUCAAAAUGUGGUAGCUAGCGAAAAAGCCAUUUCUGAUGAUAAUCAGAAUAAAAAUAUUUCAAAAAAUAUAAAGAAAAAGAAGAGUAGUAAAAAUUCAAAUCAAACGGGAGAAAUAAAAGAGGAGGAAAAAGAUAUUUUGAAAAAAUUAAAUGACAAUAACAAAUUUGAUGAAAAUGUAAAAGCUACUGAUGCUUAUACGAAUGAUCAAAAUGUACAUGAUAAUAAUAAUAAUAAUAAUAAUAAUAAUAAUAAUAAUAGUAAUAAUAACAGCAAUAAUAAUAGUAAUAAUAAUAGCAAUAAUAAUAGCAAUAAUAAUAGCAAUAAUAAUAGCAAUAAUAAUAGCAAUAAUAGUAAUAGCAAUAAUAAUAGCAAUAAUAGUAAUAGCAAUAGUUAUAAUUAUGAACGAAAUAGAAGGACUACAAGGAAAAAAAAAUAUAUUCAUAAAAAAUAUGAUGAUAAUGAUGAAGAAAAUGAAGAAUAUUAUUAUGAUGACGAUGAUGAGUUGUUUGAUGAAAAAUGUUUGACAAAUGAAAUUGUAAAUAUUAAAUUACAGGAAGAAGAGGAAGAAGAAGAAGAAGAAUAUUCAUUUUAUGAAGAUAUGAAAAAAUAUCAAGAUGAAGAUAUUGUUGAAGAAAAUCAAAUAUUAAAUGAAGAAUUAUAUAGUCAGGAUUCGGACUUUUAUAAUGAUGAAUUUAGUACUGGUGGUAAAAAAAAAAAGAAGAAAAGAAGAAAAAAAAUUAAAAUCCAAAAGAAAGAUAGUAUAAAGGUUGUACAUAGAAAUUCUGGAAAAACUAUAAAUAAUAAUAUUAUUAAUGAUACAUCUCAAAGUAGUUAUAAUAAUAAUAUGAACAGUAUACAGAAUACUAAUCGUACUAAUAGCAGUAGUAGUAAUAAUAACAUAUCUUAUAAUAGUAACAAUGUUAUAUCACAUAGAAAUGUUAGUAAUAAUAAUAGCUUUAUCAAUGUUCCAGAAAAAAUUAAAAAAAAUGAAGAAAAAAAAAAAGGAAAUCCUCAAGAUUGUUAUAUUAAUCAAGGAGAUCAUCAAAAAGAUGUACAUUUAAACUUUGAUGAUUUAUCUAAAUUGGAAGAUAGAGGUGAUAAAAACAAUCUGUUAAAAUAUAAUAAAGUUAUAGAGAAAAUAAAACAAUGUUUAGAUGAAGAAAAUGUUUGUGAUAAAAAUACAGAAGAAAUAAGUAAAAAUAUUGUACAAACGGUUAUAGAUAUAUAUAAAAAUAAAUUAGAUAUAAAAAUGAAAUUAUUUUCCAUAUGUAGUAAUUUAAUGAGAAAAGAUAAUUCAGAAUUACGAAAAAAAAUUUUAAAUGGUAAUAUUACAUCAACCAAUUUAGCUAAUAUGGAUUCAUCAGAUUUAGCACCUAUUAGCUUACAAAAUAAAAGAAGAGAACAUGAAAGGAAAUAUUUUUAUGAAAAUAUUUAUUUACGUGAAAAUUUAAUAGAUUUAAAAAAAAAAAGUAAUCGAAAUGAUGAAGAAGAAAAUUUAUAUAUUAUAAGUAAUAUAUUAAAUAAACAACAAAAGGAUCAAGAUAUAAAACAUAUUCAUAUAAAUGAUCCUAAUCAUAAUUUAUUAAAUAAUUUUAAUAAACAAUAUGAUGAUAAUAUAUUAUCAAAUAAUAAAAAUACUACCUAUAAUACAAAUAAUGAACAUAAUACAAACCAAUAUCAUCAGGAUAAUGAAAACCACCAUAUCAGUAAAGAAAAUAUAAAUGAAAAUAUUACUUAUAAAAAGGAAGAACAAAAUAUAACUGAUUCAUAUACGAUACCAUCAAUCGACAGAUAUAAUUUUCAACAAACCUAUAAAAACCUAAAGCAAAUUUAUGAAACCAUGCCAAAAUAUGCCUCCUCUCCGAUCCUAACAUUUUUAGAUAACUCUUAUAAUAGGGUCAUGACCAUAAUAGAAACGAGCAAGAAUGAGGAAGUAUGA